UUUGAGCGGACGUGUUUACAUCGGCCCCGCGUCGCCCGCCGCCACUGCCUCGCCCGCUGCAGGGCCGCGCGCCCGGCGCGCUCAGCGCGUUCCAAAAUUCAAAUUUUAUUAUUUUUUUUUCUAGUCAACCUGACGUCGAAUGGGUAAUCGCUUCAACUCCAGUUGACUGGGAAGCCUGCAACUGCUGAUAUAACUUCAAAAUAAAUGAGCGGCGGCGACGCGCCCCCCAUACAUCAUGGCCUCUUUCAAAGACUGGCUGACAGUGACGUGGGCCCAAGGCGGCAUGCAGCUGCAGCCGGACUCUGCAGACGACAUCGACCCUGGGAAGGGAAGAUGCGGUCGCGCCGGCAGUCUAGCAGCGACUCCCGGUGAGAAACUCCUGGAACUACUCCGGCCGAGCGCGGGCACGCCUCGCCGACAUUCCACCGCUGCCUGCGCACCGCAGCCCCAGCGACCUUCGGGCUUCGUCUACUGUCCAUCAGACGCGCUACCGUACUGUCCACCGUCUAGACUAGCGCCACCAAGGCCCAUAUUGAAGCUGCAGCCGCCACCGCAACAGAUCCAGCCACAAAUCGUGCCGCCUCCAAUCCAGACGCAACCGCCUCCCGUCCCGCAACGCACGGCACCCGUCACCCCCGCACCACUACCAGUACCACCACCCGCGCCACCCCGCAGAUCCUCCCCACAACCACCCAGAAGGGUGCCCCCUCCGACUCCACCCAGACCAGCCGCUACAAGCCCUGCGACUGAUCCAAACGGCAACCGACGCACAGUGGUCCCAGUACCGCCACAACCACGACUGGAUUGCAACAAAAACCCACAACCGCCAGUCCCAAGAAGACCUCCUCAAAAAAUACCUGAUACUCCGUUCACUCCAGCUCCGUUGCCCCAAAGCGCAAUGAAACAAUCACCAAGUUCCAGCUCAAAUAUUAGCGUGAGACAAGAUUCAAACGUUUCGUCUGACUCGUUUAGUCAGACAUCUUCUCCCUCUUACACGACAAAGACAAUGGAAGCCCCGUUGCUUCCACAUCAGCACGUGAACAAAAGUCUAAAUGCUAAGAUAGCACGAGGAUUACUCCUAAAAGAACAACAGGAGAAGGAAGCCGGCAACUCGUCCAUUACGAAGAGCAUGUCGACGCCGGCGUCAUUGCAGACCAUCGUAAGGUUCCAGAAUGGAAGCAACAUGUCUCUUCAUCACAGGAUGCUCCGAGAUAUGCGCGGCGCCGGCAACGAAGGCUCCCCGCACAAAUUCAGGGUGCUCCAACUGGCUCUCAAUGCAGUCGCUCUUCUGGCGAUUACUGGAGCGCUAUUCGCGUACUUCCGAGCCAACCCUGCGGUCCAGUACGUGUCCCAAGUGGUGAACCGCUCGUCGGUGGUGACGUGGCCGGCGCCCACCGACCCCCCCGCGGCCCGCAACCCCGCCCCCGGCGUCUGCCUGCCGGUCAUCGUCAGCUUCUGUCAACAGCACCGCAUCUCGUACAACUUCACCGUCUUCCCCAACUACAUCGGACAUUUUGGACAGAGAGACGCGCAACAAGACCUAGAAAUCUACGACGCAGUAGUGGACGUGCGCUGUUACGAGCUGACGGCGCUGUUCCUCUGCUCUCUCUUCGUGCCCAAGUGCGGUCCGCUCGGACACAUGGUUCGGCCCUGCAGGAGCUUGUGUCAAGAGACGAUGCGGCGAUGCGGUUUCUUUCUGGAAGUGUUCGGCCUGUCGAUGCCAGACUACUUGCAAUGCGAGAUAUUCCCGGAGUCUACGGACACCGACGUCUGCCUCGGGAACAGGGAGGUCAAAGAGGCCAGAUUCAGAGCUGCCAAACCUGUGUGCCCAACUGGCUUCCAAUGCGACGUGAAGCGCUGCAUCCCCCACGACUGGCGGUGCGACGGGCACGUGGACUGCCAGGACAGGUCUGAUGAGCUGAACUGCAAUCCUUGCAAGAAAAGCGGGGACGUCCACUGCGGGAACCGCCAGUGCAUAUCCCAGUCUCACAUGUGCGACGGGAAGAUCGACUGCCCUUGGGGACAGGACGAGAGGAAUUGUUUGAGACUAAGUGUAGCCAACGGUGACGUCGGGAGCGGCGUGCUGCAGGUGUACCGCGCGGCCAACCAGUCCUGGUUCCCGGCCUGCCUCACUCAUUUGGACGACAAAACUGCGCUGAAGCUAUGCUCCUUGCUGGGAUACUCGCAGGUGAACAAGAGCACUGCCCUUGGCGGUUACAACACCGGUGUGUUCUCCCGAGCUGGCCACACGCUCAUUGGAGCGGCGCAGUCAUACAGGGACUUCUUACGAGGAGAAGGCGGACUGUUGGCGGAGCUGAAGCAAUGCCGUAGCGACACUGUCCGGGUCGAGCUCAAGUGCACUAAUUAUGAAUGCGGCAAGCGUCGAACAAGAGGGGGAGCAUCGAAGCGAAUAGUGGGUGGAGUGGAAGCGUCUCCUGGCGACUGGCCGUUCUUGGCUGCUAUCCUCGGUGGGCCUGAGGAGGUGUUCUACUGCGCAGGCGUGCUGGUCGCUGAUCAGUGGGUGCUGACUGCCUCGCACUGCGUUGGCAAUCACUCAGAUGUGAAUGGCUGGACCAUACAACUGGGCAUCACCCGGCGUCGCUCGCAUGCCUACUACGGCCAGAAGGUGAAGGUCCGGCGUGUGGUGCCGCAUCCACUGUACAACGUCGGCGUCGCACAUGACAACGACAUCGCGCUUUUUCAGCUGGCUGUAAAAGUGCGAUACCACGAGCAGUUGUCGCCAGUCUGCUUGCCGCCGUCCAAUCGUAUACUCCCCCCAGGAACUCUGUGCACUGUCAUCGGGUGGGGCAAGCGGGAUGAUAAGGAUAUGAGCGAAUACGAGCCAGCUGUGAACGAGGUGGAAGUGCCAGUCUUGAACCGGGACCUCUGCAACCAGUGGCUGGAACACCGCGACCUGAACGUCACUGAGGGUAUGAUCUGCGCUGGAUAUCCUGAGGGAGGGAAGGACGCUUGUCAGGGCGAUUCGGGUGGUCCUCUCCUCUGCAAAGAUCCUGAAGACCAAACCCGAUGGUACGUCGGCGGCAUCGUCUCUUGGGGCAUCAAGUGUGCCCACCCUCGGCUACCAGGGGUCUACGCUUACGUGCCCAAGUACAUAUCCUGGAUUCAGAAGCAGAUCGAUCUGUUCAAUGAUGAUGAUGCGAAGUCUGAAGACAUCUGAGGAUACCCCAUCCUCUGGGAGAAGAGGCGGAGGCAAGGAUACGGCAAUGAUAUAUAGGAGCUGUCGCGUUGAGUUCUCUGGUUUUAGUAUCGAAAUAGUAAUUGACAAAUUUUACGAAUUUAUCAAUUACAAUUUCGAUAUGACUGAACAUAUUGCUUGGAUUCCAAUUGAUUUUCUACAAUUGCCAAGAUAUUAUAAUAGUUUUUUUUAGUUGUAAAUUCCAGAUAACCUCCGCGACAGAUUGCUGUAUGCUAAAUAAAAUAUACAAAAUUAUUAAAAUUUCUGACAAUAUUCUCGAUUGAGACAAUAAAUAUAUCGACAAUAAUACAAAUGACGAUGGCUAAAUAUUUUUACAUAGGUAUCACACGAUUUUCGUGUGAGAAUUGUAAAACUGUGAUAUACGAAACACGUUUUGUGAAGCGACUACGCCGUUUAAAGGUCAUACCUCAAUAUAAUCUCACCGAUUUAAGAAGUUAGAGGAGAGCUUGCGCUGGCUGGUGGUAAACCAAGAUUUCUAAGAGUUUUUAGGUGUUGCGGUGCCUUUAUAAUGAGUGGUGACCACAAAGGUUGGCUUUCAAUCUUUGACGUUUAUUUCAUAAUUAAUAUACUUUUCUCGAAUACUCGAGAUAUAACUGUUAAAUGUGUAAUAUAAGCAGCUUAAUAUAAGAGAGUAGGGUUCCCAAGCUUUAGUCUAACUUUUAGGGAAUUUUUAUAUCAAUCCUUGAUUUAAUUUCUAUUCUGUGUUGUUGGACGUUUAGUGUCAUUAGUUCUAAGUGUAUGUUUGUUUGAUGUUUGGUGUUAGUAGUAUAGGCGAAAGUGCUUUUAUAGAGUAAUAUUUAUUUGAGCAGGACGCCUGUAAACUCGAUUUUUUUAGAUUUAAGAGCCUGUUGUCUAAGAGGUUUCGAUAUCGUAUUCACGGGAUUCAGAUUCAGCGUUUUACGCCAAAGUAAUAUGACCCUACGAUGAUUGACACAGAUCCUACUUUUGUUUGACAUCGUGAUGCCGGUUGAAAAAUAAUGACGAUUUCGGAAUUUUAAGAUUACGGGCCAAGAUUUCUUCCCGAAAGACAAAAAAUUUUUAACUUAUAUGACAAUAUUCUACAUGUAAAAUUGUAUAAAAUGAAUAAUGUUAUACACGUCGCAAGUGACAAUAAUUGUUAUGAAAAAAAAAAUAGAUUGUAAUUUUCAAUGUUAGUUGUCACGAACGGAAAUAUAAGUAUACAUAACGGUUAAAAAUCACGUGACACAUGACAAUAAUUAAUUAAUUUUUGACAAUAUUUAUACAUAUAUAGAGAGUAAGCUUUGUUAAAGAUUACUCAACUAUACAAUUUUAAUGAUGUAUCUUUUUGAUUUACAAAUUCUGUUUUCUGUAAUUAGGUACCUAGAUAGCGGAUUCCAACUUAUACUAAUUGUGAAAUUAGUAAAAUAGCUUUAAUAGAAUGUAAGGUAGGUAAUUAAUAGGUAUCUUAUCUAGAGGGUUGUUAGGGGUAGCUAUUAUAUAAAUUCAAUUUAGAGUUUUAAUGUACUACGAUCAUCGACAAUCAUUAUUCACAGUAAAUUUAAUCGUGAAUAGACUAUGUAUUUAAAAGAAUUAUAUUUAUUUAAAACAAUUAUUAUAUGAUAUAAAAUAUCACAAAAAAUUAACCUAUAUUUUAAAAGAUGUCUUUUUUUCUUUUUGAAUAUAUAAGUAUCAAAUGUGCUCAAAGACAACAUAAGGAAAUCAUUAACAAAUCAAUGUCGCGUUUAGGUUAGAACAAGAAAAUAUGGUUGUCGACUUCUUGUGAGUCCCCUUCUUAUCUCGAGCUUUCUAUUAGUAUUAGUAGAAAUAUAUAAUUAUAUAAGUAUCUUAUAUUAAAAUGUAUGUCUGUUUUGUUUUGUAAUGAUUGAAAUUUUAUGGUGUGAAGGGUUAGAUGUUCUAUAUUAUGUAAAGGAUAAUUAUAUUAGCAGUAAUCACUACGUCUUAGCAAUACUGUCCUUAUCAGAGUACCUAGGUAUUUCAUGUCUGUAGCAUUUAGGUAUAAGGAACUGAUUUUUUCAAACUUGAUACACUUCGUUUAAUCAUACUGAAUAAUUGUUAUUUUGCUAAUAAUUACACUUAUUAUGAAAAAAGUAAAUUUCAAUUGUUACAAGGACAGUUGACAAUAUUAAAUUUAAUGGUUUAAUCCAUUUCGGAUAACUUUUAUAAAUUAUUUUUGACACAAUAUUGCUAAGAUGGUAAGUUAAAAAAAUCGCUAAAAAAAAAAAGAAACGGCUUAAAUUUCUUUAAAAGACCCCUGAAAUGUGUGUAGUAAAUAAUAUAUUCAUAAAGAAUGGUAACUAUUUAUAUUACAUUCGAGAAAAUAUCUCUGAAAAAAAAAAAAAUUGUGUUACAAUAUUUAAGUAGAUAUACAAUCAAAUAUUUGUAGGUUAUAGAUUAAAUAUAGGUUAUAUUUAGUCCUAAUGUCUAGUCCUUCGGUGAUAUUUUUGGCAUAUUUCUAUUAUUGACUUUGUAUUUUAAAUUAUAUCCCUAUUUCCCAAGCUAUCUUUUUAUAUAUUUUUUUAAUUAAACCCAAAAUUUGGCUAGUCCAUAUAUCAGUACACGAUAUAAUAUAAGGAUAGUUAGGAAGUCCAAAGGCUGAUUAAAGAGGAAAUGUAAAAGAAUAAAGGAAGCUUGACUGGGUGAUUAUUUUAUGUUGUAUGAAAGCUAUCGAGUCCAGAAACGAUUUUUAUACAUUUAUCACAAUAUAAUACCUAUAGGUAACAUUAUAUAAGUAUAUAGGGUUACUUUUCAAACAUCGACCCCACAGAACUAGAAGACUGACAUCAUAAACAACACUCUUUGUGAUAAGAAUUUUGAAAUAACUUACCUAAUAACAUUAGAUAAAAAUGAUUUUUCAAAUUGAAAUGUUUUUGUUAUACGAAUACAUGUAACAUGUGCUUUUUUUUUUAAACAAUAAUGAAGGGGGAAAACAUCUGGAAUUAGAUUUUACGAAUCAUAUUUUCAAAAUUAUUUUUGAUAUUGGUUAUUAUUGUCCUGUGCUUACGCACGACCCUGUGUUUGGUCGCGUCGACGGGUAAUGAAAUAACGAUUUAUUUUUGUUUUGAAACUAAAAUUUUACAAAUUAUCUUUGAAUUUAUUGUUGUUUAUGAUGUGACGUCAGCCACAUAGUUUUCCGAUAUCAUGUUUAAAAACAAACCUUAACUAUAUUUUACUCAUAUAAAUUACAAAAUUUAUAAGUAUUCACUCGAUUCAAAAAUUAUGCUUUAUUAUGAAAUAUUAAAAUUUCCGUAUUAUUUGAUUAUGAAGUUUCACUUCAACUGGACUCGGGCGACGUGUGAGUACUUUUCUUAUUAAGCGCUAUCGUCCUGUGUUAGAUUAAUUUAUACCCCAUCAACUUUAUUUUCUAUCGUAGAGUGCUUGAGUAGUGACAAAAUAGAUUCAGAUAUAAUUUACGACGAUACCUAAAGAUUAUAUAUAAAGAAAUGCAUUGGUAUUUGGCUUUAUAUAGAACGUGUAGAAAUACAUGUUCAGCUAAACGUUACAUUGUAGGUGUUACAUUGACGUAACAACAGUAACGAAACAUAUGUGUAAAAGUGUAUAAUUAUAUCGUAUACCGUAUUAAAAUUUGUAGAUAUUAUUGCUGUUUGAAAACUCUAAUAAAGUAGAAAAUAUUCGUGUUCAAGACUUCUGCGAGUCUCCGUCGACUCUUGCUCAUAGAAUAGGACAGAUUAUAAUAGGUAAUUGUAAAUUAUACUAGCAAUUAUUGUAAUUAGCGACAAUAAAAAUAUUUUGAUAUUAAUGAAAGAUGAAAUAUCAUUCUAAACUUUAUACUUUGUAAUAAGUGAAGCUUGAUAGUAAAUUCGUACCUAUCCUGUUGCUUUCAUGUCCCCUGAAAAUGAUAUUUAAGAUAUUUUUUUGUAAACAAAGAUAUUUGCAUACUGUAUAUAAAGACAGAUAAAAAGGAAUUAAUGUGCAAUGUGCAUCGUUAGGUAAUAUGAUCACGUUUAUAAUGAAUGAAAAGAAAAAAUUAAAUCAAUGCAGUGAACAUUUAUUCCUUCACAGUCUGCUAAUAUUCCAAACAUAUAACAGGCUACAUAAAGGUUGUGUACUGUGUGUUUAGUGUAACACUUCUGUAGAGGUCACUGUUAGCGCUGAAGUCAUUCUGGACGUUAAAUGUUGAUCGUUGUAGUUAUUUAUUCUUAGUGAUAUAUUUAUUUGCUUGUCACUAAUCAGGUAAAAUACUUAGUCUGCCUAACUAUAAAAGUGGUGAAAAAUAUGUUAGAAUUUUACAAGAAUAUAUCAAACGAAUAUCAAAUAAUUAAUCAUAUUUAAAAUUUAUAGUCAAUUUUACUGUCAUUGAAGUUAAAAUAUAAAUUAUUGAAAAUUCAAUUAUAACAUAUCGUAUUUCAAAAUUUAUAAUAUGGACGACAAUAAGUGACCAGACAAUAUACUUGACAAUAAAUGUCAAAAAAUGCACCAUGUUCAAGUUUGUAUUUUUUCAACAUUUAGGCUCGACAGCACUGGCUGUAAUGUAGUUUAGCAAAUCGUCAGUAAGUAAAAGUUAGGUGUUCGUAUACGGGAUACAAUAUUUUAUUUCACAUGAAUGUUAGAAUGAAUGAUUUCAAUGAAUGAAAUCAUUCAUUCAUUCAUUCACAUAGAAAUAAUGAUAAUAGAAUUAAGUAAACAAGAAAAUUGUAAUCGAAGGUUCAUUGGAAAUUAAGUUAUGAAAGUAUCAUAUUAAUUGUUAUGAAAGUAGUGUCCAAUUUCGGUAUCAUUUAAUUAUACGUUGCGUUAAGAAAUUGAGUCAGUUUCAGUUCAUAAUUACCAUAAUUCAUAAAUUGUUUCAAAUUUCACAGAUAAAUUAUAUGUGAACUAGAAGAAUAACGUAAUAUCCCGUAUAUAACGCUAGCUGUCUGUCUGUAAAUGUAGCCACGUAAUAGAUACGCACAAAAUCUGUACUGUACUCGUAAAACCAUAGAUCCUGUUUGUACGCCGGGAGGCAACUGUGACAUCGGUGUUACUUACGUGUUGUAGGACGGUGCUUUCUCUGCUUUUUGUACUCCUAUGCGAUUUACUUGAGCUGUAUAUUUUUCAUUAUACUUAAAUAUUCAUUGUCAAAAAUGUAUACUAUUACAAUGAAAUUUUUUACAAAUAGUUUUUUAUUUAUAUUUUAGUGCAAACACAUAUUAAAAUAGAUAUUUGUUCGGUUUUGUAAUCUAAUAAUAAUAAUAUGACAAAUCACAAAAAAAGUCUAUUUUUAUAUCCGAUUGUACAUGCUGAAGCUUCACGUUAAUGUGUUUAGUUUUUAUGUUUCUGGAAUUUGGUGUACUUUAUCAGGCUAGACAAAGACAGUUGAUUUUAUUCACUUC